AUGGCAGCUCAUCCACCAGGAGACUAUGGCAGCUCAUCCACUCUAGAAGACUAUGGCAGCUCAUCCACUCUAGAAGACUAUGGCAGCUCAUCCACUCUAGAAGACUAUGGCAGCUCAUCCACUCUAGAAGACUAUGGCAGCUCGUCCACUCUAGAAGACUAUAGCAACUCAUCCAUGCCAGGAGACUAUGGCAGCUCGUCCACGCCAGGAGAAUAUGGCAGCUCGUCCACACCAGGAGACUAUGGCAGCACGCCCAGGCCAGGAGACUAUGGCAGCUCAUCCACUCUAGAAGACUAUGGCAGCUCAUCCACUCUAGAAGACUAUGGCAGCUCGUCCACUCUAGAAGACUAUGGCAGCUCGUCCACUCUAGAAGACUAUGGCAGCUCAUCCACUCUAGAAGACUAUGGCAGCUCGUCCACUCUAGAAGACUAUGGCAGCUCAUCCACUCUAGAAGACUAUGGCAGCUCGUCCACUCUAGAAGACUAUGGCAGCUCAUCCACUCUAGAAGACUAUGGCAGCUCAUCCACUCUAGAAGACUAUGGCAGCUCGUCCACUCUAGAAGACUUUGACAGCUCAUCCACACCAGGAGACUAUGGCAGCUCGCCCAGGCCAGGAGACUAUGGCAGCUCGCCCAGGCCAGGAGACUAUGGCAGCUCAUUCACACCAGGAGACUAUGGCAGCUCGUCCAGGCCAGGAGACUAUGGCAGCUCGUGA